UCUAGCUGACAACAGCUAACAGAAAUAUUUGGUAAAGGGUGGUCCCUGGGUGAAGCAUACAGACUGCAUACAUGAGGCCCACUUGGGUUUUAUCUGCACUAUUCCUAUGGGAGGUCAUUAUAAAGGUUACAUUAAAAAGUUUGCAGAUUGAGGCUAUUUAAUGUCUGUUCUGUUUGUGUUGGGGAAUAACAACAAAAGGUCAGAUUGUAGUUGUUGUGUGGAAAAGGCAAAACUCUAUACUUGCCCCAAGACAUGUGCUUACAUAUACCUGGUACAUUAAAUUAUAUAUGAGAAUGUUUUUAGGCCAAAGUCCAACCAUGUUUUAGGUGUAAAGGCUGCAGGAAGAGGCCUGCUGAGGGUAAAACAUUCAAAAUUAAACAAGGAUCGUCAUCUUGAUGGAAAAUGCCUUUUUAAAUUCUGAAUAUCCACCAAGCUGCCUGUGAAAUGUUGAUGUGGUGCAACAAAACGGAAAUCUUAACAGACGGGCUGUAAGACUGAUGUGAAGAGGUUCAUUUGUUCCUUGAUGACUUUUGAUUAUGUACUGAUUCAGUUAAUCACAUUCAUUGUUUUGGAUUGGGUUAGAGCCACACCAGCCAGGUCUCUGUGAAUGUGCUGAGUUUUAAAGGUCACAAUAAACCUUAUUUUACUUUUUCUUUCAGAUCUCCCACAGUUUUUCACCUAAUGCCUAAGUUUGGGUGAAAUCUCGUCUUUCUGUGAUGAUGUCAGAGUCUGAUCCUGACGCAGUAACUGAAACUGAUUUUACCAGUAAACUGAAUUUGUUUUGGAUACAAGUGAACAGCCAGGCAGGAGGAGUCAUUUAAUGUUCAGAAUGAAGAAGGUUGAAGUGUUAAUAUUUUAUUUCUUACUGACUGUUUGGUGCAUCCAGCCUGUUGACGGUGACCUUCUGGUCUCAGAUGUUACACAUGAUGAUGAUGCCCACCCCAACCCCCUCACAGAAACCGAUGCCGAUGCACCGGACAGGAAUAUCCAAACAAACAGGAACAUACGGGACACGAGCAUGGAGACAAACUGGGACGAGCCAGAUAUGAGAAAGGACCACUACGAGGAUGCUGACUGGCAUCCUCUUACCUCUUUUACGGAAACGCUUACCGACCUGACCCCUGACGCCCCACUGGUGAUACGCAAUGACAACACUGGCGCUGAAGAUAACACCAACCAAACCUUCAACCAGACUAUCAGCAAUUCAUCCGCAGAGUGCGGCGAGUUCAGCAGUCAGCUGAUGUCUAACGGACAAUGCCGAUUGACGGCAACACUUCCUCCUGUAGGACAUUCUCAAAAACGCUGCCCAGACAUGUUCCGGUGUACAGACGACGUCUCCUAUUGGCUCCAUGAGAACGAAAACAAAAAGGAGCAGCUGGAAGAGCUGAAAGAGACGAUGUCAGGGCUCCAGGAGGAGCUGAGGAACCACCGGCAUCGAGUCAAGGCCCUGGAGAUGCAGGGUGAAGAAAGUGUUAGCUCAAACUCAACCUUUCACCAGCGGUUGCGCUCUCUGGAGCGCCGUCACGCCGAGGCCGACACCCUGCUCCACGUGCAUGCGGCGCUGCUGUACGAGCUGCAGGUGCAGCUCCGAAACCUGUCGGCAACCGCGCGGCACAUGAGUCACAACACGGGCUGCAAGGUCAACGUGAUCAGAACUGCGCCACCGCUCGGCAUGCGAGACACACUGCCACCAGAUGUACAGCCCCUGUCUUUCUGUCCAUCAGACUGUGCGUCUCUGUAUCACAACGGUGUCCGUCGUUCUGGUGUUUACACUAUUGUCCUGUCACCAGGCACCGCCCGGCCUGUUUACUGCGACAUGGAGACCGAGGGUGGAGGCUGGACAGUGUUUCAGCGGCGCCGUGAUGGGUCAGUGAGCUUCAACCGUGGAUGGUCUGAGUACCGUGACGGCUUUGGCGAGCCACGAGGUGAACACUGGCUGGGGAACCAACACCUGCACCGGCUCUCUAACCAGGGCCACUACAGCCUCCGCAUUGACCUGCAGGACUGGAGCCACGCCCACAAACAUGCGCUGUACCACACCUUCAGAAUCGAGGAUGAGGACAACCAGUACCGCCUGCAUGUGUCCGGUUUCAGCGGGACAGCGGAGGAUUCAUUCGGCUGGUAUCAUGACCUGCAGGGUUUCAGCACACCAGACACGGGCAACAUCUGUGCUGAGAUCAGCCACGCUGGCUGGUGGUUCCACCAGUGUUUCUAUGCUAACCUCAACGGUGUCUACUACAAGGGGGGGCACUACUCUCUGAAAGCUCAGAACUUGCUGGGACCAGAUGGCAUUGUUUGGUUCUCCUGGAAGGAUUCAGACUUCUACUCUCUGAAGGCGGUCACCAUGAUGGCGCGACCACAUAACUUCAGGCCACGCCUGUCACCAUAGAAACACUCUCAAUGACACUCAAGGAUUCUGCAGCAGCAAAGAUUGUUUUUGAAAACAUGCUUUGGGCCAAACUCAAAAAAAUCUUUACUUUUUUUCUAUAAACUGACUGGAGAUUCUGUACAGGCUGUUUUAAUAAGUCAUUGGCCAUUGAAAUUUAAGAUAGUUUAGAAAAAAAUAUCUGAAUUAACUGCACAAAUUAUUGCCCAAUGGUAGCUGAGCAACCAAGAGCUUCCAGAAGUAACUGUACCAGGAUCAAUUAUGUACUGGAAAUAUUCCCCCCAAAAUGCAUCAUUU